UACGAUACAGUGCUCUUCCGUGAUAAUGUGCCAAUCAUACCAGACCCCACGAACACACGCCGUACACAGAUUCUAAUUAUUAUCCUUACAUGGUAUUGGAUUGUCGAUUGGAUACUCUAUCGAACCGAAACACCAGAGAACCUUUUUUUUCAAUUACUAAGAAACACCAUCACUCCGUUGAUCGGAAUAUUUAAGAUGCGAAAUGAAGCAAUACACCCAUCAUUCACCUCCUUCAAAUUUCGGAUGGAAUUUCAGUUUCAUUAAUACGACAAGCGAUGUUUGCUGAUAUGCGAGAAGUGAAAUGUGAUUUAAAACACCAGUAUGCUCGGUAUAAGCGGGCAAGAAGAUGGCUUUGGGCUGCUAUUUUACGUUAUGUUCUACUAUGCUUCUGUUUAAUUGCAAGAAGAAUAUAUGUGUCACGACAGGAACCCCAUACACACAUCUACUGGAAAGCAAUAGAUAGUAUUUACUUACUGAAGCAACAAUUAUCAUAAACAUAGGAUUGCAAACAAUUGAAACAGAUGCUUUCGAUGAGGAUGAGAAUGAUUUCCAUUCCAGCCACACACACAUACACAAACACUUGUAUGGUUCUUGAAGUAUGAGCCUUCAUCAAUAGAAUCCCCGCACUUUUGCUGCAUUUAGUAAGUGUCAGGUGAAGGUGGCGAGAUCAUUUUAACAGUGGAAUGCUACAGCCCUAUCUCCUGUCUUACGAAUUUGAAGCAUUCAGAUCACAUAUCAUUUUCGAUGUGCAGCAAGACGAUUUUCCUAAAUCCAAGUUGCACCUCUUUAUGAACUGUAUUAUUUGCAUGAAUCGUUAACUACUUCUAGUGAUGAUCGAGAACGAUCGCAGACUUCUCUGUUAGACAAAACAACACCUAUCCCAAAUACAAACAAGAAGGAGAAGCAUUCUGGUGUGAAGAAACCGCAGGAUGAGGGUCUCCAUUAUCAGCCCUACCGUGACGUUAGCAGAACUAAGAAAAGGUGCUCGAAACGUGAAAUUCAAUUUCACGUCUAUGUAGCGUCAACUGCAAAGCAAGCAUAACCAAACCAGACGGAAUGUUGAUUAUACAUGAAUAUAUAUACAUAUAAAUAUAAAUACACACAUAUAUAAAUACACACAUAUAUGCAUUCUAGCAAUCCGUUAAAACACGUUGUCGGUGUAAAUACUUAAAUAGAAACUCGCGCAGAUAAACACUACCCUCGGUAAAGGUGCUGAUCUGGUGGAAGUAGGUAGUUGGUGAGGGCUAGAGGAACUUGAAUCGUACUCACACUAGUUCCAAUGAACUGUUCACGUAAUAUUACCUAUCACUCUUGCUCUCUCUCUAUCUGGUACUGUCUCGCGUGACACAACUCACAUUACCGAUGGAGUAUCUGGAGCAUCUUAAGUGCAUCUUGUUGAAAAAAGCAGUUAGAAAUGAAGUUACAAAGUAAUAUACAUUUACCGAUCCAUGCAUAUUCACACACUAAAAACGAAACAGUUUCAAUGUAAUUCAUCCCGAAACACUAGGCCGAAGGACGCAGCAAGGAUAAUGAUAACGCCAGAAAUCCGUUUGGACCAGUGCAUGACCGGUGUAUAGUACUAGGUUAGGGUCGGGGAAGUGUCGAAAGCGAACUAGUUUAGCGUACUCUGCACUCAGUCUCGGCACUCGACAAAGAUUAAAGCUCGGCAGAUAGGCAUAACCGGCAAAGUAGCAAUAACUGCGAGGUCUAUUAAUUAUUGCACUGAAGGAAAUAGUUGAACAAAACCGAACAAUGCCAGAUAGAUCGAACAUAAUAGGAAACCAACGAUUAUAAAGUGACCGAUUAAAAGGUGUGUGCGGUGAGAUGGAUGAUUGAUUGAUUGGCUAGGGUAUGUGUAUUGGGUAGCGGGGAGUCGUUAAGAAAACUAAUGAAGAAAAUAAAAAACCUGUAUAGAAGAGGAUAAUAUAUGAUAUCGUUACC